AUGGCAGCAACCAUGGCUACAAUGGCAAUAAUCAAUGCCAAGUGCAUGAGCACCAACACUCCCAAGGUCGUCACCAAGCUAACCACAAAACCCACCUCCCUUCUCUCACUUCAAAACCUCCCAAAAGGCCUAACCUCCUCAAAGCCAGUUGAAAUUCCCAGCAUCAACAUGUCCCCUUUAGCCAGCACAGCAAUUGCUGGAGCCAUCUUCUCCACCUUGAGCUCCUCUGACCCUGCCAUGGCUGCUCAACAGAUUGCCCAAAUAGCCGAAGGCGACAACCGUGGCCUUGCUCUUCUGCUACCCCUCAUUCCAGCCAUAGCUUGGGUUCUCUUCAACAUCUUCCAGCCAGCCCUGAACCAGAUCAACCGCAUGCAGAACAAAGGGGUCAUCGUGGGGCUUGGGCUUGGUGGGUUGGCUGCAUCCGGAUUCAUUUCAACACCACUUGCCUCAGCCAGUGAAAUUGCCAUGCUUGCUGCUGAUGCUCCUGCUAAUGACAACAGGGGCCAGCUCUUGCUGUUUGUGGUUGCUCCUGCCAUUAUUUGGGUCCUGUACAACAUUCUACAACCGGCUUUGAACCAAAUCAACAAGAUGAGGUCUUAG